AUGCAACGGCCUAACAACAUCACUGUUGAAAUCGAAGACGACGAAUUCCUAUCGCAGCUCGCGGCGGUGGAGGACUACGUCGUCUCUAACAAACGUCCGAAGCUUCUUUGCGCCUCUGAGGAAGAAGGACAAUACACCGCUGCUUUGAAGGGAAGCCACAAUUUUCCCGCCACUGCAGUAACCAAAGGAAUAAGCGGCGGCGUUCCGGUGGUCGCUGGUGGCUCUUGCUUCAAAUGUGGAAGGCCCGGCCACUGGGCUCGCGACUGUGUGGAACCGGCACCUGGAGGGCAUGGUGGAGGGCACUUUGGUAAUUAUGGGAAGGACGCUGCCGUGGUCGAGAAAGCUUGCCCCUGUGGAAUGGGAACUUUAUACUCUGAGAGAUCCUCCGUAGACAUUCGGCUAAACCUCUCAAAGAAUGGUCUUAGAAAGGAGAGUGGCGGCUGUGGUUUCUUUGAAUGGUGUGAUAAUGCUGCUGGAACUAGAAUGACUUCUGGAGGCAACCAAAGUUCCGUGUCUGAUUCAUUGUUUCCAUCCUUUCAUUGUCCUUGUGGUGCUGGAGCUUGCUUGAUUCUAACAGCUAAAAGUGGUAAAAAUCAUGGCCAAAAAUUUUAUCGCUGUCCAAGAAACCAGGCAGAUUCUUGCGGUUUCUUCAAGUGGUGCAGUGAGCUCUCUGUUGGGGAUGGUGUAUCCGUCAGUCCCCGCAAGAGCAAUUACAAUAUGAGUGAGAAAGACAAACCGAGCUACAAUUCUGGAAGUCGGUCGGCAUGUUUCAAAUGCGGCAAGCAAGGGCAUUGGGCAAAAGACUGCCUUAUGGUCACACCAAAUGCUCCUACCAGGGGACAAAGAUCUGCCUCAACAAACGACACUUGUUAUAAAUGUAACAAGGCUGGACAUUGGGCGAAGGAUUGCUCAUCAAAUUAGUUGGUAAACCAGCAAACGGAAGCGUUAGACACCACUUUCCUCAUUUCAAAGCCUCGCUAAUCGUACCUGUAAAUAUUGAUUACUAUGAAUAUGUUUUGAUAUCUUCUGGUGCUCACUUGCACAAGCAAAACUAAGUUUUGUACAAGCUAGUGGAGCUAAAUCAGGUUUUGACCUUCACUCAUCUCUUUUCUGAA